CCAGGCAAAAAGAAAAAAAACGGCAGGGAGGGCGAGGCGCUCUGCUAACACUAUCAAUUAUGCAUCGUGUUGAACGUGGCUUCGGGGAGGAGGCGGCCGGCAGGGCGGUGCGGGAGGGAAGGGCCCGCGCGCGCCGGGCCGGUCCCGCUCCAGGUCUCCGUGCGCCACCGUCUGCGUUUGCAGAAAGUGUUUUGAGGCGCAGACACGCCCCCCUCCCGCAGCCACGCGCCUUUCCUCCCCCCUCUCCCUCCAAUUCCUCAAAAUGGUUUGUCUCACGUGUCGCGGGGCGUAAAAGCUUGCGGGCGCUGGCAGAUGAGCGCGUUGAGGGUGAGCGCGCGUGGAGGCGGGUGCGAGGGAGAGGGGCCCGGGUGCAGGGGUCCCUGCGAACACAGCCUGCUGGGAGACAACGAUUCGGACCCGGACUGUGUGGAGCCGCAGCAACAGAUGCUGGAAGCUCCUUCGGGCUGUGCCCCUGCUAGGCGACAGCGCUUCUGGAGAAAGGGUUCCCGCCCGAGGGCAGCGCGCUGGAGUCGGCGGGUGCGGGUAAGCGGAGAACCGGCCCACAGCCACCGCCCAGGAGCCGCCAUGGCGCCCCUUCGAGCCCUGUGGUUGUCCUGGGCGUUGUUAAGAGUGGCCGCGGCGUGCCCGGAGCCCUGCGCCUGCGUGGACAAGUACGCUCACCAGUUCGCCGACUGCGCGUACAAGGAGCUGCGCGAGGUUCCCGAAGGGCUGCCGGCGAACGUGACCACGCUCAGCCUGUCGGCCAACAAGAUCACCGUGCUCCGGCGCGGGGCCUUUGCCAACGUCACGCAGGUCACGUCGCUGUGGCUGGCGCACAAUGAGGUGCGCACGGUGGAGCCUGGCUCACUGGCGGUGCUGAGCCAGCUCAAGAACCUCGACCUCAGCCACAACCUCAUCUCCAGCUUCCCGUGGAGCGACCUGCGCAACCUGAGCGCGCUGCAGCUGCUCAAGAUGAACCACAACAGCCUGGGCGCGCUGCCCCGCGACGCGCUCGGCGCGCUGCCGGACCUGCGCUCCCUACGCAUCAACAACAACCGGCUGCGCACGCUGCAGCCCGGCACCUUCGACGCGCUCAGCGCGCUGUCGCACCUGCAGCUCUACCACAACCCCUUCCACUGCGGCUGCGGCCUGGUGUGGCUGCAGGCCUGGGCCGCUAGCACCCGGGUCUCCUUGCCGGAGCCCGACUCCAUCGCGUGCGCCUCGCCCCCGGCGCUGCGCGGGGUGCCGGUGCACCGCCUGCCGGCCCUGCCCUGCGCGCCGCCCAGCGUGCUUCUGAGCGCGGAGCCGCCGCCCGAGGCGCCUGGCACCCCUCUGCGCGCCGGCCUGCCCUUCUGGGUGCACUGCGCUGCCGAAGGACACCCCGCGCCCCGCCUGCAGUGGCAACUGCAGAUCCCGGGGGGCACUGUGGUCUUGGAACCGCCGCUCCUGGGCGGGGAGGACCACGGAGACGGGGCGGAGAAUGGGGAGGGGGGAGGAGACGGGGACGAGCCCACGCCGACCGAGGCCCCGACCCCGCCUCCGCCCCCGGCUUGGCCCGCGCCCCCGGCCACCCCGCGCUUCUUGGCCCUCGCAAACGGCUCCCUCUUGGUGCCCGUGCUGAGUGCCAAGGAGGCGGGGGUCUACACCUGCCGUGCGCACAACGAGUUGGGCACCAAUUCGACUUCCUUGCGGGUGGCGGUGGCCGCGGCCGGGCCCCCAAAGCACGCUCCUGGUGCUGGGGGAGAAGCGGAUGGGCAGACCCCGACCUCUGAGCGCAAGUCCGCUGCCAAGGGCCGGGGCAACAGCGUCCUGCCUUCCAAGCCCGAAAGCAAAGCCAAAGGCGGCGGCCCGGCGCGGGUCGCCGUCCUCGGGGAGGUGGAGCCGGCGGCGGCGGGGGAGGACGAGGAGGAGGUGGAGGCUGGCGAGGGAGAGGCGGAAGACCAGACUCCCCAAGAGCCGUCCGAGAAGCAGCACUGCGGCCACGGGGACCCCGCCCAGUACGUGUCCAACCACGCGUUCAACCAGAGCGCGGAGCUCAAGCCGCACGCCUUUGAGCUGGGCGUCAUCGCGCUGGAUGUGGCAGAGCGCGAGGCGCGCGUGCAGCUGACGCCGCUGGCGGCGCGCUGGGGCUCAGGGCCCCGAGGGGCCGGCGGCGCGCGGCGGCCCCCGCGCCUGCUCUACCUGUGCCCGGCGGGCGGCGGCGCGGCGGUGCAGUGGUCGCGCGUGGAGGAGGGCGUCAAUGCCUACUGGUUCCGCGGCCUGCGGCCCGGCACCAACUACUCCGUGUGCCUGGCGCUGGCGGGCGAGGCCUGCCACGUGCAAGUGGUGUUCGCCACCAAGAAGGAGCUGCCGUCGCUGCUGGUCAUCGUGGCGGUGAGCGUGUUCCUGCUGGUGCUGGCCACCGUGCCCCUGCUGGGCGCCGCCUGCUGUCAUUUGCUGGCCAAACACCCUGGCAAGCCCUACCGCCUGAUCCUGCGGCCGCAGGCCCCCGACCCCAUGGAGAAGCGCAUCGCCGCCGACUUCGACCCGCGCGCCUCCUACCUGGAGUCCGAGAAAAGCUACGCGCCGGGCGGCGAGGCGGGCGGCGAGGAGCCGGAGGCGGCGCCGGGCGAGGAGCCGGAGGAGGAGGAGGAGGAGGCGGAGCAAGGGGACCCCGGUGGGGGCCUGCGGCGGGAGGAGAGCCUGGCGGCCUGCUCGCUGGCGGAGUCGCAGUCCAAAGCCAACCAGGAGGAGUUCGAGGCUGGCUCUGAGUACAGCGAUCGGCUGCCGCUGGGCGCCGAGGCUGUCACCAUCACGCCGGAGAUCAAUGGCAACUACCGGCAGACGGCGGGCUGAGCCCCCUGCCCGCCCACCCCCACGCCGACCCCAGCCCUGCCCGGAGCAGAGCCCGGGGCCUGCGGGUCUCACGCCUCCCCUGCCCCCCUGCCCUUGCCCCCUACCCGCCCCCCCCCCCCCCGUCCCUCCUGGGCCUGACCACAAGGAGUUUCCAGGAGGGGCUGGGCCAUAACCUCCGCACUACCCUUGGCGAGCUGAGCCCAGCUCCCCGGCCAAGCGCGGCCGAGGCUACGCUCCGUUUCCCUUCGUGUUGACCCCGAACCCCCGCCCCGCCAUGCCCACCCGGACCAGAAGGCGUGCGUGGGGGCCGCUGCGGGCGCGCUGCAGGGUCCUUGCUUGGGGUUUGGUGGCAAACCCUCGCGUUUCUUUCCGAAGCCCAACCCCCAGCAGGGGUCCACGUGCUCCGGUACCAGCUCCCUUUCCGUCUGGCUGGAGCCGACCCCGGGGCCUGGGGCGCUGUCCGAACCCCCUCUCCGAUGUCCCUGUUUUCGUUGUUUUUAAAGACCUGGUGCUAACACCCCCCUCCCAGCCUCUGGGGACAUCGUGUGUGUGUCUGUAUGUCGGGGUCGGGGCGGGGGGGGCAUCGAUGCGUGUCCUCUCACCCCUCUCCUAACUUAAAAAGCGCCCAUGCUCCCGGGACGCCGAGGGUGCCGGCUGGGCCCCGGGCGGAUCCCGGCCUCUGCGCGUCGGGAUUUCCGGAGAGCCGCUGCCCGGACAACGCGGCUCCGCUCCGGGAUGGAAGCCGGAGCCCGCGAAGGGCCUGGGGAGGGAGGCGCGUCCCGGGCGCGCCCCUCGCGGGGCUGUGCGCCGGGUCUGGCACAAAGCCUGCGCGCCACCGCGCGCCGGGGUCUGCGGAGGGAGAGGCCGCGGGGCCAGCCGCGUAGUCCUAGACGAGCGUACUCAGUAGGGGGAGACGUCUGUGUCCCGUAGGGUGUGGCCGCGGGGGUAGGGACGGGCGGGGGGCGGGGCGGGGGUCCAGUUUUGGUUCUGGGAGGGAAGCGUAGGGGUGGGGAAGGGGGUGGGAGGGGCGGGGCGGGGGCGAGACCAGCCCUCCCAGCGAAGCGCAGCACAAGUGCGGCCCGGGGCGCAGUAGCCCCCGGAGCCCGCGCCUUUUUGUAACCACGUCUGUCUGUAACCUGUCAAUAAACGCAUCGAUGCGAACCCGA